AUGGAGCUCAUUCAGGCCACCCAAGUUUCCUCACCGCCUCAGGAAGAGCCCACAGCUUCCUGGAGCAACAGCUCGGUGCUGCCUUACUCCAAUGCUUUGCUUUUUGUGACUCCCUCUGCAUUCUUUCCCAGCAUCAGCCCAACCGAUGGGUCGCUCUUCUUCAACAGCAGCUGUCUCAACUGCACAAGCAGCACGUCUGUCUCCCUCCCUGGUUUGGCAGGAGUCUUCAUCCCGCUCAUCUAUGGGAUAGUUUGUAUUGUUGGUUUAGUGGGAAACACUCUGGUCAUUCAUGUUAUUGUGAACUACACAAAAAACGAGUCAGUCACAAACAUCUACAUCUUGAAUCUAGCCAUUGCCGAUGAGCUUUUCAUGCUCGGCCUGCCUUUCCUGGCUGUCCAAAAUGCUCUCCUCUCUUGGCCUUUCGGCUCGUUAAUGUGUCGUGUGGUUAUGACAGUCGAUGCGUUCAACCAGUUUACCAGCAUCUUUUGUCUAACUGUGAUGUCAGUGGAUCGAUACCUGGCUGUCGUCCACCCCAUCCGCUCCUCCUGGUGGCGACGCCCCCACGUGGCCAAGGCUAUCAGUGGCACAGUGUGGGCAGGGUCCUUUGUUGUGGUGCUGCCAGUGGUGGUGUUUGCAGACGUGCUGAAGGAUGAUGGGAACUGCAGCAUCGUGUGGCCGGAACCAGCGGAAGUGUGGAAGACAUCUUUCAUCGUGUACACGUGCACCGUCGGAUUUUUCUGUCCACUGCUUGUCAUCUCUUUAUGCUACUUGCUCAUCAUCAUCAAGGUGAGGAAUGUUGGAAAACGUACACAAGCCACAUCGUCAAGGCGCAGGAAGUCCGAGCGAAAAAUCACCCGGAUGGUGGUGGUGGUUGUAGCCGUCUUUGUCCUCUGCUGGCUACCAUUCUAUACUCUCAACAUCUUAAACCUCAUGGUGGUCCUGCCUGGAGACUUCAGAGGGCUCUACUAUUUUGUUGUGGUGCUUUCAUAUGCAAACAGCUGCGCCAACCCCAUACUGUACGGAUUCUUGUCCGACAACUUCAAGAGAGGCUUCAGGAAGGCCCUGUGUCGCACAUCGCGCAAGGUUAAGAACAAUGACAAGGCUGGGACUGAGGUACAGCGGCCAACAGAGGAGUGGGGGGGCAUUGUGCUCCAAUCGCAGAAAUGUAACAGAAUCGCCACCAUGCACAGGGAAGGCUGCGGCGAAGAUAAUGUAAUAGAGGAAAUCGUUGGAGCAGAGGGGAGCUUACAAAUGAGAGAAAUUGGCAGAACGUCACAAAAAGGAAACAACUAUGAGGUGAGCGAGGAAACCAAAGCACGCGUUGUGCAGAGGACAAACCCUGAAGCGGCUUCAGCUUUUGCUCCUCUUCAGACUGUGUCCUAUAAUGGCAAUAAAAUUAGAAAUAGUAACUCACAAACUGAAAAGCUCCCAGAAAAAACAGCUGUGCUUAAAAUCAGCUAUCUGUAA